UCCCCUAUAAUUCUACCAUUAUUUUUGGACACAGGAAUAUAUAUUCCUAGUUUUGUUGUUUACCAAAUAGCUCCAAAAAACAGGGGAAAGAAAGUUCACCCCUAGAAUUACAAAGAAUCGAGGAUCAACUAUUACUCUGUAUAUGAAUCUCUGUAUGAAUGAAUAAAGCAAAAGUAAAAUUGUUAUUUAGUGGAAGUAAUUUAUGUAAAUAUACUCCGCGAGUAGAAUAGAAGUGUAAGAAUUUUGAGCUGAAUUUGUAAAUUCCACGUGGGCUACAAUUGUAUAAACCAUACAAGGUAGUAGAGGGUAAGUUGUAAGAAAGUGGGUUGGUAACACCUAUAGAGUGAAGCACAUGCACCCACGUCACCACGCCAGUAAUAUUCAAGACUGAAGUAAGAGGAGGUAGUUGCACUUAUGAAGCUUAUAUAUAAAGGCUUAACCCCUUGUGUUGUUGUGCAUGACAUACAUUAUAUCUCAUAUCUCCAUUUUUUUUUAUUUUUUUUUUGGCAGUAUUAUAUCUCCAUUUUUCUAAUUCGUAAGUAAAAGUAAUGGAGAUAGAAAAAGUUCAAAACAUAGCGUUGAACUUCAACAGCAUACCAUCUGAGUUCAUAAGGUCAGAGAGUGAACAGCCAGCAGUAACAACUGUGCAUGGGACUGUUCUUGAAGUUCCAACCAUUGAUUUCAGUGAGGUAGACGAUGAUAAGCUUGUUGAUGUAAUUUCAAAGGCUAGCCAAGAUUGGGGUUUAUUCCAAGUUGUAAAUCAUGGAAUACCAACUCAAGUUAUUCAAAAUCUGCAAAGAGUUGGUAAGGAAUUCUUUGAGCUUCCUCAACAAGAGAAAGAGAUUUAUUCAAAGCCACCACCAGGUGAAGGUUAUGUGGGUGGUGAAGGUUAUAGCAAUAAGCUCGGUAAAAACACUGAUACAGUUCGAGCUUGGGUUGAUCAUUUGUUCCAUAACAUUUGGCCUCCCUCUGCUAUCAACUUCCAUUUUUGGCCCAAGAAUCCUCCUUCUUACAGAGAGGCAAAUGAAGAGUACGCGAAAUACUUAAUAGGAGUAACAGAGAAGCUGAUGAAAUGUUGGUCAAAGGGAUUGGGAUUGGAAGAGAAUAAGAUAAAAGAGGCAGGAGGUGGUGAAGAAAUAGUAUAUCUUGCUAAGAUCAAUUACUAUCCACCAUGUCCACGCCCUGAAUUGGCACUUGGAGUUGGAGCACAUACAGAUUUGAGUAUGCUUACAAUACUUGUUCCUAAUCAUGUACCUGGUCUUCAAGUUUGUAGGGAUGGUCUCUGGUACAAUGUCCGCUACAUUCCUAAUGCACUCAUCAUCCACAUUGGUGACCAACUUGAGGUCCUGAGCAAUGGAAAAUACAAGGCAGUGCUUCACAGAACAACUGUGAAUAAAGAGGAAACAAGGAUGUCAUGGCCCAUCUUCAUUGAACCACCACCACACCAUGAGGUGGGGCCUGUCUCAGACCUCAUCGACGAACACAAUCCGGCUAACUACAAGACUAAGAAGUUUUCUGACUACAAAUAUUGUAAGCUUAACAGGCUCCCUCAGUGAUGUCAAUCUGAGUUUGUAUCAUUCAGGUUUCCACUUUGUAUCAUUCCUAUGAAUUUCUUUCUUUCCGAAUAAACUUCUUGCUUUUACUGUAAACUUCAAUGGUUCUGCCAGUUGAAAACAAUUUUUUGUGUAUUA